AUGAAAACGUCGCGCCUCCUCAGCCUCCCAGCUGAACUCCGCCUUCGCAUCUACGAGUACACUCUAACCGCCCCGGACAACGCUAUAGGGCUUUACUUCUCCUACCAGACCAACCGGGUCAAACCCGACCUUGGACUCGGCCUCUUGCGUACCUGCAGCCAGAUCUAUCACGAGGCGCGUGAUGUGUUGUACACUAAGAACACGAUCCUUCUAGUCUCGAGCAGCCGAGAAACUCGUCUCCCACCACACGCGCUGCGAGAGCUUCGACAUCUGUUCGUCAUGGUCAACUACGGCUUCUUGUCAGAUGUAUGCGAGGCCGAGAAUGUAGAUUCUCGCAUGCUCCGAGCCAUGACGAGGUUGCAGAGCCUCCGCCUUUGUGUCUUCGAUCAAUUCCAUUUUGGACGAGACGGCUGGGGCACAAUGCUUCCGAGUCUUGUCGAGAGUGUUCCUGCGGGCUGUGAAAUCCGCUUUGGAUUGCGAAGAGAUGUGGAAAAGGAGUUUGUGUGCUCUUAUCUUGGAAGGAGCGCGGACGAGAAGACGGUGACUGGAGAGGUCGAGCGAUGCGAUUUGGAAGAGGCGAUGGCGAGAAUCGAAGCGUCCAAGGGCGCGAAGUCGGGAUGCAAUGCUCCGCCGUCUGAUCAAGCUGGAUCUCGGGCCGUGGAUGAGUUGGAUGAGGGUCCGAGGACCUGGUGA